ACCGGCCCCCUCCUCUCUCUCUCUCUCUCUCUCUCAAUAAAUUAAACUCGACACCCUCCCCUUUCUCCUCCAAUUCCAAAUCUCAAACAAUAUGCCCAGACAAGGCCCAGUUCCAGUUAUCCUCUCUCUUGACUACAUCUCCUUCUCCUUCGUUGUCUUCGUCUUCUUCUUCUUCUCCACCUCCAAUGCUGCAACCAACCUCUCCCAGCAGCAAUUCAGAGAGGCCCCUCACUUCUACAACUCGCCUGACUGCCCAUCUAUUAUUCUCCCCGACGGCGAUCACCCCCGCAAUGGGAACAAUAUUCACACCUACGUUUGCUCCGACUCCGCCGUCCACGUGGCCAUGACUCUAGACGCUGCCUACAUCAGAGGAUCCAUGGCCGCCAUUCUCUCCGUCCUCCAGCACUCCUCCUGCCCCCAGAAUGUCUUCUUCCACUUUGUCGCCUCCUCCUCCCGCCAAGGCGCGUCCCUCCUACGCGCCACCAUCUCCUCCACCUUCCCCUACCUCAAGUUCCGAGUCUACACCUUCGACGCCGCCUCCGUGGCUCGCCUCAUCUCCACCUCCAUCCGCUCGGCUCUCGACUGCCCGCUCAACUACGCCCGGAGCUACUUGGCCAGGCUCCUCCCGAUCUGCGUCCGGAAAGUCGUCUACCUCGACUCCGACCUAGUCCUAGUAGACGACAUUGCCAAGCUCGCCGCCACCCCACUCCCCGGGGACACCGUCCUUGCCGCCCCGGAGUAUUGCAACGCCAACUUCACCUCCUAUUUCACUCCGACCUUCUGGUCCAACCCGUCGCUUUCCCUGACGUUCGCCGACCGGAAGGCGUGUUACUUCAACACCGGUGUGAUGGUGAUCGACCUCGAGCGCUGGCGGGCCGGCGAUUACACGACCAAGAUCGAGGAAUGGAUGGAAUUGCAGAAGCGGAUGAGGAUAUACGAGCUGGGUUCUUUGCCGCCCUUCUUGCUGGUCUUCGCCGGGAAAAUAGCUCCGGUCGAUCACAGGUGGAACCAGCACGGCCUCGGAGGGGACAAUUUCCGGGGACUGUGCCGGGAUUUGCAUCCGGGCCCGGUGAGCCUCCUGCAUUGGAGUGGGAAAGGGAAGCCGUGGGCUCGGCUGGACGCCAACCGGCCAUGCCCGUUGGAUGCUUUGUGGGCGCCAUACGAUCUUCUAAAGCCGCCAUUUUCGUUCGACGGUUGAAGGAAUUAAUAAUUAAGAGAUGGAUGGAAAAUGAGGGAGUCUCUCGCUAGCUAUAUUAUAUAUCUGCAAAUUAUGUAUAGACGUUUUUGGACGAGAGAGAGAGAGAGAGAGAGAUAGAUCUUAAUUAAUUCUAGCUGGCGAAGGAAAUGACCUCAUCAGUUACAGACUGUUGAUGAAGAUGAAGCCGACGAAACUGGGAAUUGAUCCAUCCAUCAUUCUCGACGUACGUACUGUAAAUGAAAUGAGUAUCGAAUUUAACUGUUUAUCAAAAUAUCUUCAAUUUUCUUUUCACACAAGAGUCAGAGGAUUAUUGCAGUCAGCUGAUAUCUUUGUAAUUUGUAAUAAGGAUAUAUGUAUACGAUCCAGAGGAGAAGAGGAUGGAUUUUGUUUGUAAAAGACCAUCAAUAAUAUCAUCAAAUACAUCAAUUAUGCUACGUACGUACAUGUC